AUGAAUGCUACUCGUCCAUUCUCAAGCAGUACUUUGUUAUUAUCGAACAUCGGUAAACAACCAAUCACUAUAACUGAAGCAGUCCAAUGCUACACUGAGCAAAUACCUUUCGAAUUCUGCAAGUCUUUCACCAAGGGUAAAACCACCGUGUCAUUGAAUAAACAAAUCGUCGUCAAGGGCCCUAAAGGGGUAUUGAAGACCGCAGUUCCAGAGUUCGUCCAGGUGAAAAAUGAAAAUAAUCUUAUUACCGUAAGUGUUGAAAACCCUGAAGAUAAGAUCCAGAGGACCAUAUGGGGUACCUCUAGGGCUUUGGUGCAGAAUAACAUCAUUGGGACCACUGAAGGACACUUGGCUAUUGUCAAGUUUGUUGGUACCGGUUACAGGGCCACUAUUGAAACGGCCGAAGAUGGUUCCAAAGUGAUUGCACUCAAGAUUGGUUACCCAUACACCCCAAAAUUGAAGGUCCCUGAAGCAUUGACUGUGUCGUCCCCUAAUCCUGCAAGACUUUUGAUCGAAGGCUCCGACAAGCAACAAGUCAAAUUAUUUGCAGCUAGAAUCAGAGAACACAAGAAACCUGAGCCAUACAAGGGUAAGGGUAUUUUUGUUGAUGGCGAAACCAUCAAGUUAAAGGAAAAGAAGAUUAAAUGA